AUGCUCUCACGUGUUGCUGCAGUCAUGGCACCCCGCACACACAACCGUCGCCGCGUGACCGGAUCCGGCGGAAAGAGAAAGGGAGGAAGAGAGAGGGAGCAGCAGAGGCCCAACGUUUCCCGGCAUCUCUUCCAUUCUGCGGUGCUGAUUCUCCUCGUCGUGUUAUGCGGCAGUGGGGCUGCACACACUGUGCAGACGAAGACUGACGUUGAUCCUUUUACAGGGAUUGGAUGGACAUCCCCUCAAUGGGAAGGCUCUACAGAAGGUAAUGAAAAAUUCUUCUCGCUCCGCGUUCCCAGCCUUGUUGAGGUGAACAGUGCUGUUUUCGUGGUUGCUGAAGCGCAGUGCAGGGAAGACGACGAAGGCUGCAGCCGUGCUGGGAUUGCGUCAAGGCACCUCGAUCUAACUGAUGAUAAUCCAAAGGAGAUAUUGACGACGAACACAAGUUUGUUGAUGCCGUUUCCAAAGGGUGCUGCUACAGGUACCGCCAAGGCAAAAGAAUCUAUGCGGCCAACGACAGUUGUGGCUGGCGACAGUGUCUACAUGCUUCUGAGAAAUCAGAGCUUUACGACGUCGGAGGGUAAAUCGGCUACUGCACGUGACUGGGGACUUUUGCUGGUGAAGGGAAGUGUCAGUGGUGGCAAUGAAAUCACGUGGAAUGAGACCCAUGCAGUGACAUUUGGAAACGAUGAAUAUGCUGCUAAAUUUUCGACCCAGUUGGAUUCUGGCGGAGGAUCGGGGAUUAAGACAAGGGACGGUACACUUAUGUUUCCCAUGCAGGCCACAGAUGAGGACGGAAAGACCUCAUUGCUGUCCAUGCGCUUUGAUAAGUCAGAGAAGAAAUGGAGGCUUUCGCACCAAACGGUUGGUGAUGGCUGCAGGGACCCGACCAUUGUGGAGUGGGGAGAAGACAGACUCCUCAUCAUGGCCUCUUGUGAGCAAGGUUACCGUGACGUGUACGGAUCCACCGUGAGUGGGGUGGAUUGGUAUACAUAUGGUGAGACACUUACUCGCGUGUGGGGCAACUCACAUGAUCGAACAGGGUACGGCGUCCAGAAUGCCUUCAUCAAAGUGACAAUUGAGGACAAGGAUGUGUUGCUUGUUACCCUGCCAGUGUAUUCCAAGGACAACAGAGGAAGCAAUAAAGAAAAGGGUCGGCUCCAUCUUUGGCUGACGGACAAUGCACGUGUGUAUGAUGUUGGGCCGAUAUCCCGUGAGGCUGAUGACGCUGCCGCGAGCUCCCUUUUGAUGAGGAGUGGGAAUGAAAAGUUGAUCUCAGUGUACGAAAACAAGAAGAGCGACGGGUCAUACAGUCUUGUCGCCGUGAGCCUGGGGAAGCAGCUGGAGCGGAUCAAAUCCAUGGUGAAGAAAUGGAAGGAUUUGGACAGCGCCUUGCAUUCAUGCCGUUCCGUUUCCAGCGGCACUGUCGACUUGCCAACGAAGGGUAUGUGCAAUGGUCCUGUUCCCACUGAUGGGCUUGUUGGCUUCUUGUCCGGUAACAUCUCUGAGAACACAUGGAGAGACGAGUACCUCUGCGUGAACGCAACUGUGAAGAAUGGGGAGAGAAUGGUUCCCAAUGGAUUGACGUUCAAAGGGUCUGAAGCAGGGGCGGUGUGGCCUGUUGGCGACAUGGGGCAGACUGUGCCGUACUACUUUGCUAACAACGAGUUCACUCUUGUGGCGACGGUUUCCAUCCACGAGGUGCCGCAGAGUGGCAGCAGCCCCAUUCCUUUGAUGGGUGUGAGGAUGAAUGACACCAGCAGCACGGUCCUUUUUGGUCUGUCGUACACCCAUGAAAAGAAGUGGAAGUUCACACUUCCCAAUGGAGCUUAUGAAGAUGAUGAAUAUGAUGAAUAUUACGAAGUUAAUAAUAAUUGGCAACCAAACACAACACAUCAAGUAAUGCUGCAAAUGGAUGCGAGUGAGUGGGAUGUGUACGUUGAUGGAAUGCGGGUUUAUUCUGGGGAAUACAACUGGUAUCUGUUUGAAGAGCACAGGGUCUCAUGCAUCUAUUUUGGCGCGGAGAAUAAGGAGCAUUCGGAAAGCAGCCACGUGACAGUGAGCAACGUCCUGCUGUACAACCGCACAAUCAGUACGGAUGAAAUUGCGCUACUCAGUGCCAGCAAAGUCCCUAUUCCAAGCCCUGGUGAGGAGUCACGCUCGGUGCCGGAGACAACAACAAAUUCUGCUGCCCAGGCACCAUCACCUGAAGCUAAGAAAGCAUCUCAAGACGAAGAGGAAGAAACAACGCAGGAAGUUGAGGAGGCGCCACGGCCACAAUCAUCCGUGGAAGCUUCUGGAGGCAGUUAUGCUGCCGCAGUGUCUUCUGGGGGCCGUGGCUCGCACGGAACAAGGGAGGAGGAGACGGAGACGGAUGGCAGCAGUGGAUCGGCAUCUCCACCGGCCUCAUCGAGUGUGAGCACUGCCUCUCAUAGGGGCAGCGACGGGAUGGGUGUCCGUGAAGGCACCUCUCUGCGGGAAGAAGUGCCACCACAUCUCGGGACUGAAGUCAUUCCGAAGGCCGACGUGGAGCGACCGAUCCACGAAGAAGAAGCGACCUCUCCGGAAGGGGCCACUGAGUGGCAGACGCAAGAAAUCACUGCGCCUUUGGUUGAAAAUGAAGACAGCGAGGACGUUAGCACCGCAUCGGGCAAUACAAGCACCCUGCCUGGGGAAACCAAGAUCCCAUCGAAGUCCAACGCAACAGCACCCUCGGACGCUGGCAUUUUGCUUGAGAACGGGCAUUUCGAGGAGUUGGCGGGCAUGGCUCUAUUUGCUGAGAGCACCGUGCAUGGGUGUGUGUCUCGGAUGUUGUUGCUGAUGCUUCUGGGGCUGUGGGGCACUGCGGCUCUCUGUUGA